UUAGAAGAAAAAAAGAAAAGAAGAAAAGACUCGUGGAAGCUCUGCCCGUGUGAUGCGUGGUAUGGUGCUGACACCGCCAAGCAAAAUGGUGGCUACCAAUUCAUUCUCUCUUCUUCUUCUUCUUCAGAAAAAAAUGGCGUUUUAUACGAUAGCCAAACCCUAACGACCUUUCUCCUCUUUUACUCUUUCUAGUUUCUUUUGUUUUUUUUCCCUCUCUUUUUGGCUGAUUUUCGCUGUAAAUAUAUUCAGGAUGGGGGAGUCAGCGAAGGUGUUGUAUAUAGUUGUGGUGGAUGAAGGUGAGAAAGGAGAUGAAACGCUGUCGUUUCGAUACACGCGUCCUGUUCUUCAAGGCACUCUUCAACUCAUGGGAUGUAAAGCUCGUCAUGCCUUUAAGAUUAGCCAGAGGACUUUUGAAUUGAUUACAAGAAAAUCCUCCUACAACUCUCUACUUCAAGAGGGAAGUAAGACAUUGAAUUCUGACGGUUUGAAAGGAAACACCAAGAAGGAAGACAUCCAUCCUAGUAACUUUUAUAGAGCAGAGGCAGGCAGUUGUUUAGUUUCUGGGGAAGAUAAUAGAGAUAAGAGUAUACCUUUUGAGUUGUACAAAAGGCGCACAUCAAUUGUUGUUAAAAGGAAAUGUUUCUUAGAUGUUGUUUGUCAGGCUCUUGAUGAAUAUAAAUAUGUGGGUCCAAGCGAGAGGGCUGACUUGAUUUUGGCAUGCAGAAUCCGGGAGAGGAAGAAAUCUAUAACCGUGCUGUUGUGUGGCACUAGUGGUUGUGGCAAAUCUACUUUGUCUGCUUUGCUGGCUAGCAGGUUGGGAAUUACUACUGUAAUUUCAACUGACUCUAUUCGUCACAUGAUGAGGAGUUUUGUAGAUGAAAAGGAAAAUCCUUUACUUUGGGCUUCAACCUACCAUGCUGGGGAGUGUUUGGAUCCUGUUGCAGUUGCAGAAGCGAAGGCUAAAAAGAAGGCAAAAAAAUUGGCAGGCACUGCACAAUCAUUUCCUAAGGGUGAGCGAGCUGAUGGUUCUUCAGCUAGCAAGUGUGAUGCCCAACCAAUGGAGAGUGGUUCUAUUUGUACUGAAUUGAUUGGUCCCAAACAGAUAGCAGUUGAAGGAUUUAAGGCACAAAGUGAGAUGGUCAUUGACAGUCUAGAUAGAUUGAUUACUGCAUGGGAAGAGAGAAAAGAGUCUGUAAUUAUUGAGGGUGUUCACUUAAGCCUUACUUUUGUUAUGGGGCUUAUGAGGAAACACCCCUCAAUUAUACCAUUCAUGAUAUACAUUUCGAAUGAAGACAAACACUUGGAAAGAUUUGCAGUUCGUGCGAAGUACAUGACAUUGGACCCUGCAAAAAACAAGUAUGUGAAAUACAUAAAGAAUAUCAGGGCGAUACAAGAUUAUCUAUGUAAACGAGCUGACAAGCAUCUGGUUCCCAAAAUAAACAACACAAAUGUCGACAGAAGUGUGGCAGCCAUACAUGCUACAGUUUUCAGUUGUUUCCGCAGGCAUGAAGCUGGGGAGCCACUUUAUGAUCCUGUAGCAAAUACAGUUGGUGUUAUUUAUGACGAAUACAAGAAGUGUGCUGCCAAUUCACUGAGCUCCAAGGGAAUGUUUCAGUUGAUCCAGAGGCAAGGUUCUUCUAGGCAAUUGAUGGCUCUUCUCAACACUGAUGGGUCUGUGGCAAAAGCUUGGCCGGUUAAACCAGUUGAUAGUAAUGGAAGGCCCAUCUCUGGCCAUAUGUGUCGGGGUGGAGUAGGCCUUCCAUUGUAUGGACCUUUACAAAUUGGCAAGGCUGAACCUGUUAAUCUUCAAUUUGGUAACUUCGGAAUCAGUGCCUGGCCUAGUGAUGGUGGCACUAGUCGUGCUGGAAGCGUAGAUGACUUGAGAUGCGAUGCAGCUGAUACAGGCAGUAGACAUCAUUCUUCUUGUGGCAGUUCACCAAGGAUGUCCGAUGGUCCUGCAAAGGAGCUAAAAGAAGAAACUUCAGAGUUUGGCAGUGACGAUGAAGAAGUUGAUGAUCCACCCGAGGUGGACAGUGAUGAAGAUUUUGCCGACCGUCACAAACAGUUCCAAGAAGAGGUAGGCUCCGUUGAUGAAGGCUCAACAAAGUCGGAUGAAGAGUACGAUGAUCUGGAAAUGGAGGAUAUGGUGGAGAAUGAUGACCGGUUAGAGGACGAAGACCGUCGUGGUAAGUUAAUGGCAAGUUCCGAGGACCAAGCAACUCCCACAAAAGGGGAUAAAGCUAGCAAGAGUGAUCAGUUAUCUGUGCCUAGGGAGAAAAGCGAGAAGGGGUUUGCUAGAAUGAGGAAACGCUCCCUUAGCAAUCCGGACAUGAAGAAGCACGUAUCAAUAAUCAACGAUUGCAUACUUUCCAGAACUCCCGAGCGAUAGCAAUACAGUUUUUUUUUUUUCUCUUGACGGUGGUAAACUAAUACAAGUUGCUAACCAACCCUUUCCAUCCUCUCUUCUCAUGUAUAGUGAUGCUUUGGUAUGGUUGGCAAUACCAUUAUGAACAAAAUACAGGGUUCUUAAUUGGUCGUGUCUGAAUGACCGAAUUAGGGAAGUAAUAAGUUAUGUUUGGUCGAUGAAGUCACGAUUAUGUCUACUACUUCGACCCGGAUGCUAUCAUGCUCCAUACAAAUUUAUGGGAUAUGUGUUUAAAAUUUUAAAGAUUAUGUCAACAUUUAUAUUUUAGUAUAUAGUUCUCUAUUAAUUAGUAGAUUACAAUUCAGGACCUCGAGAACUGAAGGGUUGUACGCUAUAGCUCGAUAGAGCC